AGCGGAAGUGGAGUCGCGAACCGGAAGUGGUCGCGAUCCUGGACACCCGGAGCGGAGAGAGAGGCGGAAGGUGUCGGGCGAGGCAGCUGAAGGGAGACGCCGGCGGCCAUGGAGCUGGGCGAGCUGCUGUAUAACAAGUCCGAGUAUAUCGAGACGGCUUCCGGAAACAAGGUUAGUCGCCAGUCAGUGCUGUGCGGCAGUCAGAACAUCGUCCUCAAUGGCAAGACCAUUGUGAUGAAUGACUGCAUUAUCCGAGGGGACCUGGCCAAUGUAAGAGUUGGACGGCAUUGCGUUGUGAAGAGUAGAAGUGUCAUCAGGCCACCUUUCAAGAAAUUCAGCAAAGGCGUUGCGUUCUUUCCUUUGCAUAUCGGAGACCACGUGUUUAUCGAGGAAGACUGUGUGGUGAACGCGGCCCAGAUCGGCUCUUACGUCCACAUCGGCAAGAACUGUGUGAUUGGGCGCCGGUGUGUGUUAAAAGACUGCUGCAAAAUCCUUGACAACACGGUGUUGCCCCCAGAGACUGUGGUUCCUCCGUUCACUGUCUUCUCGGGCUGCCCAGGACUCUUCUCAGGGGAGCUUCCAGAAUGUACCCAGGAGCUGAUGAUUGACGUCACCAAGAGCUACUACCAGAAGUUUCUACCCUUGACACAGGUCUAAUGUCUCUGCCUCAAGUCGUGAACGCACACGAGCUCUGAGAUGGACUUGGGAACUAAAAUGGGCCUCUCAGCCUCUAUUGAGAGCUCUUGUGUUUCCAACACCUUCCUUUUGUUUCAUUCCAAUAGUUUCUCAGUCCCUCCAGGUUCUAAGGCUUUAGUAACAAAGCCUUCAGGUUGGUGCAGUCUGGGAGCAUUGUCUCUGGAUGCUGUGCUUGCACCUUACCUGCUAACUGUUACCUGUGGAGCACAGGUCCCUGCACCUGUUGGUCCUGUGGCUGUCUGGAUCCUGCCUGGAACUGGCUAAUGGAGGAGGAGUGCUCUGUCCCAGCUUGGAGGUUCAGAAGUCAUUGUGGGACUCCUGGCCAAAGCUACCCUCAGAGCGCCACUCACUAGGGUCACCCCCACUUCCUGCUGCUGACACCUUUGGCCGGUUACCACAGUCACUCGCCAUCCUGACAAAGAAGCAUGGGCGACUUCCGGACCCGGAUUUCUAGGGGUGGUUGGUAUUUAUCUUCUUUCUAAAAAAGAUGACCUUAAACUGUCAGUUAAACCCAAGGUGACUGAUAAAAAGACUCUGGAAUUCUGCUCUGUUCUAGGCUUUCACUAAAAGGGGAGCCCCCACACCCAGGUCUUCUUUCUAUGCGGCUGCUGGUUUGAGUUUCUCCGUGUCAGCGGACUUGGCUGGCAGUCAUUCCUGGUCUCGCAGCGCUUGGGGGUAGCAGUAUACGCUUACCCCACUCAAGUCAGCACCCGGGACGCCUGUUCCCUGGCCUCCUGCUAUUCACCCGCAAACCUCACAGGCCAAGCCGAUGUGUCUGAGCUUGGGCCUGAUCACAAGGGCCUCUUAAAGUGCUCUGUGGGUAUAGAGCCUGGGAGGUUGGGGGGGGGGGGGGGAUGAGGCCAUCAGUGCUGUUCAGAACAUUUCCUGCUCCCUUUUGGAUUAGAAGGAAAACAGCAGAGAAGGCCUGAUGGUUGCCGCUGGGUAGUUCCAGGAACAGUGGGGAAGGGUUCACCUUGGAGGUCAGCAUCUAUAGGAGCUGUUCGGACGCACUGUCUGCUUGUGGGGUUUACAAAAGCAGCCCUGUGUCAUCAUCGCUGCUGGUUCAGUGUAAAACUGCUCUGUGGUUUGUCGUUGAUAAAUAUCCAUUAAAAGAUCGGUAUGUGAACCAA